UUUAUAGUUUUCUCUUCCCUUUAUCUUACAGGAGGAUUCUUUUUAAGAUGACAAUAACAAAUAAUGCCUUUGGAAUCUGUGUAGGUUUUUUUUACUGUAACUGGGACAAUGGUUUUCAUUAGCUAGCGUUUCAGAGACCCAUAUAAAAUAUUAUCAGUGUUAUCGAGGAAGUUGUCUGUCAUUGGGUUUUUUUAAAACUUCCUUUCUUCCAGCUGCAUUGUCUUCAUUAUCUCUGCCGACUCCUGCCUGCUUUGGGGGUGACUCAAACCAUUUGUCUGGUCUUCCUGUCUUUGUAUGGAGAUGUCUCAGCUGUCCGGCGGGCAACUGACUGUGUUUUCACAAUGUCUUUUUUUUCCCAGAUGCCGAACUCUCUCAGGUUCGCCCAGACCAAAGAAUUUUAAGAAGAUUCAUUUUAUCAAGAACAUGCGGCAACAUGAUACCAGGAAUGGCAGAAUAGUCCUUAUCAGUGGCAGAAGAUCCUUCUGUAGUAUAUUUUCAGUGCUGCCGUAUCGCGACAGUACCCAAGUCGGGGAUUUGAAGUUGGAUGGAGGGAGACAAUCCACAGGCGCCAUGAGCUUGAAGGAGAUCAUUGGUCUUGAAGGCGUGGAGCUGGGUGCUGACGGGAAGACCGUUUCCUAUACUCAAUUUCUGUUGCCCACAAAUGCCUUCGGAGCCCGGAGAAACACUAUAGACUCCAACUCCUCCUUCUCCCAGUUCCGUAACCUAAGCCACCGCAGCCUCUCUAUCGGCCGGGCGAGCAGCACCCAGGGGAGCCUUGACACAGGUAGUGACCUGGGAGACUUUAUGGACUAUGACCCAAAUCUCCUGGAUGACCCCCAGUGGCCUUGUGGCAAGCACAAACGUGUUCUGAUCUUUCCUUCAUACAUGACCACAGUGAUUGACUACGUGAAGCCCUCAGAUCUCAAGAAGGACAUGAACGAGACCUUCAAGGAGAAGUUUCCUCACAUUAAGUUAACACUCAGCAAAAUAAGGAGUCUGAAGCGAGAGAUGCGGAAGCUUGCUCAGGAGGACUGUGGCUUGGAGGAGCCCACGGUGGCCAUGGCCUUUGUCUACUUUGAGAAGCUCGCUCUCAAGGGAAAGCUAAACAAACAGAACCGGAAGCUGUGUGCUGGAGCGUGUGUGCUGUUAGCAGCCAAAAUUGGAAGUGACCUAAAAAAACAUGAAGUCAAGCAUUUAAUUGAUAAACUGGAAGAGAAGUUCCGGCUGAACAGGCGAGAACUGAUUGCCUUUGAAUUCCCAGUGUUAGUGGCCUUGGAAUUUGCACUCCAUUUACCAGAGCAUGAAGUCAUGCCCCACUACAGACGCCUGGUCCAGAGCUCCUAGCACUGGCCCCAAGGAGGGCCAAGGAUGGUUUCCUCUGAGCUCAGCGGAGCAGCACUCACUACUGGAAAUGCAAAAACACAAUUCAAACCUUCUUUUCCUUUCUUUCAACAUGUUUUUGUGGAAAAGCAGUACUGGAAUUUUUUCAUGGGGUCUUUGGUCUGGUUAGCUGAGAGGAGCUGUGAGCUGCCUGCUGCUUGGAGCAAGGGAAGAGGAGACACGCUGAGGACAGACAGGCCAGGCCCUUCCAGCUGUCUUAGCAAGAAGCCUGAGCUGCCCCACCCAGUCUUCCUCCUGGGCACACACAAACCUUGCAAGCCUGGGCCAAGGCCUUCUCUCCGGACCUCUUCCAACUGAGAGCAUGAAGUGCUAGAGCAGACAGGGGAAGAGAAUCCACAGGAUUGGGGAGAUACCCUCGCUGUGUCAGAAGAGCGUGCUAAUCUAUUUUUGUAUCAGCCAUUAGUAGUAUACUUUCUCCUGGGGUGUGUGGAUGAGUGAGCAAGCAAGAGCCUGAGAGAGACUGCACCAAUCCCAGACACCCAAAGCUGGCCCGCUCUUUGUACAGCAGCCUCGGCCUGGGGUCGUGAGCCAGGCUGACUGGCAGCAAUUAUUUCUAGGUGACUCCUACAUAACUCACUCUCAGUGCCAGGCUGCUUGACAUCCUCCGCCCUUAGAAAGCCACACUGUUUUUGUUACUUCUUCUACCACCAGUGGGACAAAGAAGACAAGUGCUCAGUGUUGGAUGAGUUGCAUGGAAGGACAUGGAGUGUGGCAUGCUCUGUCCCUUUGUGCUGUCUGCUGUCACCCCCACAGGCAUCUAUUUAACCAUCGCACUUUCCCCACCAUGGAGAUGGCCAGGGUUGUGCUCCAUGGCGUGUAUUCCUGUGCUCUAUGUUAGAGUGCAUAAUAAGCACAUUUAUUGUGCUAUGUGUAUAUAUAAAAGUGUUUUAUAAAAAUCCAGCGUAGGGGUGAGACGCAUGGUUGGUGUUCUCAGGCUCUUGCAGCUGGGGCAAACCACAUUCUGAGCUGGGGUUGCAUUGAUUAAGGAGGCAGUGGUGCUCAUAACCACGUACCCAGGGCUGUCGGUGCAGAAUUUUGAUUAAGAUUUGUACUGACUUGCUGGGAUGACCUGUACUGAGGCACAGCACCUCGUAGCUGCAAGAGAGAGGUGAGGCACCUGACUGAAGCAAGCCCGUGGCCAUGUAAAACAAGAAUUAAAAUAUUUUCUAUGUACAUGUA